AUGAUCAUCUUCUUCUUUUAUAUAAUAAUCAUAUCUAUCGGCUCCAUCAAAUGCAGAGACAGCAACAAUCUGGUUACAAAACAGUCCGCUUUGUUCGUGUUCGGAGAUUCUGUGUUCGACGCCGGAAACAACAACUACAUCGCCACUCUCCCAAGCUUCCGGUCCAAUUAUUGGCCGUACGGUCAAACCACGUUCAAAUUCCCCACCGGCAGAGUCUCCAACGGACGUUUGAUUCCUGAUUUCAUCGCGGAAUACGCAUGGUUACCGUUGAUCCCGCCAAAUCUACAACCAAGUAACGGUUACAAUCAAUUAACCUACGGAGUUAACUUUGCUUCCGCCGGUGCCGGAGCUUUGGUCGGAACUUUUCCCGGGAUGGUGAUAGAUUUGAGAACACAACUAAACAACUUCAAGAAGGUUGAAAAAAUGUUGAAGUCUAAGUUAGGAGAAGCAGAGGGGAAGAAGAUCAUCUCAAGAGCUGUUUAUCUGUUUAGUUUUGGAGGCAACGACUAUCAGUUUCCAUUCGUUACAAACUCUUCCAUUUUCCAAUUCAUUUCCAAAGAGAAAUACGUUGAUUUCGUAGUCGGUAACGUCACGGACGUCAUCAAGGAAGUGUAUAAAAUUGGAGGAAGGAAGUUUGGAAUCUUGAACAUGGGAGCGUUUGAUUGUGCACCAGCUUCAUUGAUUGGAGACAGAAUAAAGAUAGGAUCUUGUUUUAAGCCGGUCACCGAACUGAUCAGUCUGCACAACAACAAGCUUCUGAAUAGUUUGAGGCGGCUUGAGCAUGAACUAUUCGGAUUUAAAUACGCCCUUCACGACUUUCAAACUUCUCUAUCUGAAAGAAUCAACAAUCCUUCGAAAUACGGGUUUAAGGAGGUGAAGAAGGCAUGUUGCGGAAGCGGACCAUUGAGAGGAAUCAACACAUGUGGAGGCCGAAUGGGUCUGUCGCAAAGUUACGAGUUAUGCGAAAACGUUACAGAUUAUUUCUUCUUUGAUCCUUUUCAUUUGACGGAGAAGGUUCAUCAACAGAUCGCAGAGCUGAUUUGGAGCGGACCGACCAACGUCACUAGACCUUAUAAUCUAAAAGCACUGUUUGAACUUAAUUAA